AUGGGUGCUCCGUCCGGUGCGACCCAGAUCCCCGCCAUCUUGAAGGGGGAUCAGUCGCCGGCAGCGGACUCGGAGCUGGGUAGCAAGGAUUACUCGAAGCUGCCAAUCGCCGUGACCUUGGGUGGCGGCUACGACGACGCCGGUACUGAGGUCAUUAUGAAGGCUGCCGCCGGUAUCAGGCCGGUGCCUUGGCUGCGAUCCGACCUGGCCAAGCCUGCGCCUCCGCUGGGGCCCGAGUAUGGCAAGGCUCUCGUCGCGCGCAUCAAGGUCCUACUGGCCAAGCUGGAAAAGGAAGGUAAGUUGAGUGAGGAGAUGGUCGUAUGGUACUAG